GAACCACAAUACCAAACCGGAACCGGAAAUGUACAUUUAUUUUAAAUAUACUAUGUUUUUAAUCCAGGGAGAUGUAUUUUUUAAACGCAUAUCAUACAUAAUAUGAAAUAAUACAAUUAUAAAGUGCCUAAAUGUGUUAAAAGUUGAAAAUAUUUUGGAUUACAGUUUGAAUAUAUACAGUACUCUCACCACGUGACUUCCUUUCCAGUCAACCUGACAAUAUGGAUGCCAGCCGCGUGCAGCCGAUCAAGCUUGCAAGAGUCACCAAGGUGCUCGGGAGAACUGGUUCCCAGGGACAGUGUACCCAGGUCCGUGUGGAGUUCAUGGAUGACAGCAACCGGUCGAUCAUCAGGAAUGUGAAGGGGCCAGUCAGAGAGGGUGAUGUGCUGACACUUCUGGAGUCUGAAAGGGAAGCCAGAAGGCUGCGAUAAAGUGCCCGGCGAAGUUGAGAUGCCAAACCAACGCCUGGGGUGCAGACACCCCAUCAGUUCAUCUGCAAUGGCCCCACAUCUCACUUGUGCAGUUUAAGAAAAAAAUAAAAAUGUGUUGUUCAAGGUGAA